CUCGUCCGCACCCUCCUCCUUCUCUGCCGCAGCGAUGGCCUCGUCAGCAGUGAAGGCGCGCAUUAGCGCAUUCGAGUCUAUGCAGUCCUCCAGCGCAACCAUUGUGCCAAAGUCGCCGCCAAACCUCCUCGAGAGUCCCAUCUCUCCCACCGCGACGUCCAUCUCUCCCAUGGUCCCCUCACCUUCAGCAACAGCCUUCAAACCAACGGCGCCGUCGCCGUCACCUUCCCCGCCAAACCUGGGCAGGAAAACCUCGCUCAUCGAUCUGAAGGAAUGGGUCGUGCCAGACGGGCCUUUGCCCUACGUGCCCAGACAGAGGCCACCGAUCACUCGAAAACCUCCUCCUCCUCUGGUGACAAAACCUGUGACAAGACAUGUCUCGGAUUCUAUGGUUACCAGAGUCCCUACACCCCUCAUUCACCUCGAGUCGCCCCCCAAAACCCGUGCUGCGCCGCCACUACCGCCCCGCAAACCGUCCUACUCGUCGCUCAGAUCCGUCUCAGCCUCGAACUCGUCUUCUUCGUCCUUACCUCGAAGCCCUAGCCAGCCAACUCCUCCUCUUCCUAUACCUUCCAGGUCAGACUCGCUGACGGUCGACCACACUUACCCCCCGCUGUCUAAAUUGGGAAUCGGGUCUUCUUCUCGCCAUGCGCCCGCCUCCUCGAUUUCCUCAUUUCACUCCGUAUCUCUCUCCUCCGAUGGAGGCACUGACCCGGCCACCCCGGGCUCUCUAUCAAACCACGUUGCAACGUACCCCAUGGACCAUGACGAUCACGAGCUUGAACAUGACAGCAUCCACGAGCCAGACCCCGUGAGCCUCGACGAAUCGUUUGAGAACCUAUCUGUGACGUCCGCAGUGAGCCCGUCUGCCUCAUCCGUCUCUCACGACUGGGAAGUGUACGCCACGAAACGUGCGCCCGAACCUCCCAAGCUACCGCAGCGUCCUUCCAAACCCCCAUCCCUCCCCACCUCGCCCCGCCACUCACCGCUUCUCGCACCAAAACGAGACGGCCCUCCUCCGCCACCUCCACCCCGCUCACGCCCCCCUUCCUCCCGAAAUUCCCUCGCGUCUACCUCCGCCGCGUCCACCUCCGAUCGCUCCUCUAUUUUAAGCAUCGCGACGUCCCGCACGAGCAUAAGUACGCGCAGCACGACGACGCCGAAACCGAAAGCUGCACAGCUCGCACGACCGACGCCUGUCCCACCUGCUGCGCGCAAGCGUUACGAGACCGUGUUUAACGGGAACGUAAUCGCGGCGCGACAGGCGGAGCGCACCAAGUCGCCGCCACGGAAGGCACGCCAAGCCGCAGGGUGGCGGGGGCUAUCCGUCGACCUGAUUACGAACCCCGAAGAGAUUGCCAGCGCGCCCCCGUCGCGUUCGGCCUCGGUUGACGAGGAGGUUGGCGCGGAUGAGCGACUCGAGGGCACGGUCGUGCGCGCAAUAUGGAAGUUGUCGCGUCUGAAGAGGGAGACGCUGCGCGUCAUAUGGAUCGAGUGCGACCCGUCGGGCACGGGCUCGCUCGACAGAGAUGCGUUCGUGAAGGGCAUGUGGCGGAUCGACGAGGAGCUGCGUAAGGCGCAGAUGCACCAGCACCUGUCGCCGCGGAUGUACCUUCGCCAGCCGAAGCCGACACACCCUCCGCGGCCGAUCCUUCGAUGACAUCUCUUUCAUUUGAUGACCUGGCUGAAUACAACGGACUUCGCAGGACUGUAUCACUAUCACUUUCGUUCAGGUUACGUUUGUUACGCUCGAAUCGCUGCUGCUCGAUGAAUCACAUAGAAGUUAAUGAUAUACCCUUACGUUGCGCGCUGUUGCCUUCAAUCU